AUGUAGGAUAUCUUAGAAUAUUUAGUAACUUGGAGUUGUGAUCAAGGACAAUCUGAGGUCGAGGGCAUUUGCAUAACUUGCUCAUCUAACUGCACGAAUUGUACAUUUCCUUAUUCCUGUGACUCAUGUAUGCCAGGCUUCUAUGUUACUGCCAUCUUCUACUAAUGCGGUGCUUGCCAAAAUGGAUGCGAAGUAUGUACCGUAAAUGCACUUUCAAUAAAAACUUGUUAAACUUGUUUUCCUAAGUUUUAUAAAUCUGGUUCAAAUUGUUUCGCUUGCCCAACCUAUUGUGCUACUUGCACUUCUAGCUCAGUAUGUUAAAGUUGCCUGGAUCACUAUUUUCUUAGUUCAAAUCUGUGCUAUGCUUGUGAUAGUUCUUGUAAGGCAUGUUCAAAUACUUCUAAUAUUUGUACAGAAUGUGACGUUGGCAAAUUCCUUUAGUAUAAUUCAUGUGAAUUUUGUUUAUCCCCAUGUUCUGCUUGCAUCGGAGAUUCACUGAAUUGUACUGCUUGCAUAGACAAUAAAAAAAAAGUAGUCUUGAAUUAAUGUGUUUGCAAAGAUGGAUAUUACGCUGAUUAAUUAGAUUAGUGUGUUCUAUGCACUGCACCCUGUUCAAAGUGUGAAACUGAUGCUAGUACUUGUACUGAAUGUAUCUCUGGGUUUACAUUAAAUUUGAGUACAUAACAAUGUGCAUGUGCCUUUGGUUAUUGUUAAGUAGGUAAUACAUGUCAAGAAAGUGCAUAUCCCUGUGAAACUUGUGUAGAGAGUCCUAAUAAAUGUUUAACUUGUGUUGAUAUUAAUUAAAUAGUAACUGAUUCUAAUGAAUGCAUAUGUUAAACAGGUUGGAUUUUAAAUACUAAUGGAAAUGCAUGCGUCUAAUGCUAAGCACCAUGUGCAGAAUGUAUAACUUAAAUAAGUAAAUGUGUAACCUGUAAAGAUGAAUUACAUUAAUAACUUGAUACUUGUCAGUGUGAUAUUGGAUGGAUGUUUGACAUUAAUUUCUUAUGCAUAGCUUGCUAAUAACCAUGUAAAACUUGUGAAAUUAUUACUACUAACUGUUUGACAUGUUUAGAUGUUAAUCAAGAACUUAAUUCUGCAUAAUAAUGUGUUUGCAAACCGACUUAUUAUUCUGAUACUCUAAACACAUGUGCUUAGUGUUAAGAACCAUGUUAUGAAUGUGAUGCAAAUGGAUGUAUCAAUUGCAUAGAUACAAAUUAAGUCUUAAAUUCCUAUAAAGAGUGUGUUUGUAAGGAAGGAUAUCUUCAAUAAGGUACCCAAUGUCUUCAUUGUACAAGUCCAUGUUCUACUUGUAUUAUCAGUCUUAAUGCAUGUUUAACAUGUUUUGAUCCAAAUUAGAUUGUUGAUAAUCAUUAAUGUAUAUGUAAAGAAGGAUUUGUCUAGAAGGAUUUCUAUUGUUGCGAUAGAUAUUGUAUAGAUUGCCAAGGAAUAAAUAAUUGUAACAAUUGUAUAAAAGGAUUUUAUUUAUCUAUCACUAGUAGAUGUUUGUAAUGUAUUGAUCAUUGUGAUGUUUGUAACAAUCAGAAUAGUUGUGAAAACUGUUAAGUUGGAUACUUUUUGAAUUAAUCAUAUUAAUGUGAAUUAUGUAAUAUUUCUUGUUAGACAUGCAGUAAUAAAUUAAGUUGUGAUACUUGUUUAGAUGGUUAUUAUCUAAUAGACUCAAAAUGCGAGCCAUGCAAUCAAAACUGUUUAACUUGCAGAGAACUACCUCAAAAAUGUCUUACAUGCAAAUCAAAUUAUGAAAUUAAUCCUAAUUACUAAUGUGUCUGCAUUGUUGGAUACUAUGAAUAACAGAACCAAUGUUUUAAAUGUGAAUAUCCAUGUAAUAGAUGUCUAGAUAAAACAACAUGCCAGGAAUGUGUUCAACUAUCUAAUUUAAAGUUAGGAAUGAAUUUUCAAUGUAAUUGCAAUUCUGGUUACUACUGGUUUAAUAAUAGUUGUUAUUAAUGCUAUCAAUCUUGCUUAACUUGUAUUGAUAAUUAAUUCAAUUGCCUGAGUUGUGAUUAAAGACUGCAUCGAUAUUUAGAAAAUAAUAAGUGUUUGUGUGAUUCAAAUUAUUUUGAAAGUGAAGAUGGAUUUUGUAUUUCCUGCUUGGAUUAAUUGGGAAAAUCUUAAUAAAGCUGCAAAAUUUAAGAUUGUUAAGAUUAAAUUUGGACUUAUGGGGAAGAAUGUGA